AUGGAGGCGCUGGCUCGAGGGAGCCACGCGAUCCUGCGUGACAAGGCAAACGAUCUGGGCCAUGAAGGUGGCAACGUCAAACUUCGUGUUGAGCAAGCCCGCAACCGCGACGCCGCCGCCUACUCCUUCAUGCGACACCUUCAUCAGGUGUCGGUGUCCGAGAUCGUGGAAGUUCUGGAACAAUGUUGGAAGCACCUGGUGAAGGACAUCCGCUCUGAGCAUGUUGCCCUUCUGUGCUUCUACCUCCUCAACGUCUUCGCCUUCAUGCUCGUCGAGUGGUGGCGGCUUUCCAUCGUCUGGGCGAUGCGUCCCUGGUUCGUGUUCCUCGUUUGGUACACCUGGGACGCCGUCUGCUGCUGGAAGGCCGUCAUGCGCCGACGCCUCCGGCGCUCCGAGCCCGGCAGCCCCUCAAACAAGCAUCGCCCAGAGCAGGGGCUCCGAGCCCGCAGCAGUCUUGGCCUACCCCAAGAGGAGGAGAUCGAGAAUCUGUCUGACUUGCUUGCAGCAAACAAGGACGGUGAACAUGCCAAGGAUCCCGACUCCCCCAGGAAGUUGCAGAAGAGGCGCGCAGCCGCGUCAGGUGUCUUGCCGCAAGUCAACGGCGACGGGAGUUUGGAGGAAGACAUUGCUCCCUUCUUGGACAUGGACCACGUUCACCUCACCUUUUGGUUCUUCCUAUGGGGCCGCAUCUUCAUUGGCUUGGGCGCAUGGGCCAGCAUGAUCUUCGGCGGCAAGGACACUCCGGGCAUCCUGCGCUAUGGGCUGAGGCGGGUCUUCAACGACCUCGGUGUUUGGCCGCAUCACGUCAAGAAUGCCAGGAGUUUGGCUGCAGAACUUCUCUUGGAGACCACUCUUUCCAUCUACGUGCGCGAGGUGGAAACGACAGGCAGCCUGACCGUUGCUCGCUUUGCCAUUCCGGACGUCCCACACUACACUCAGCAAGGCAAGUGCUUGCAGCAUGCCGAGCUGUUGGCGGAGGUGGACUUGACGGACAGAUCCGACCAAGUCCUCAUGCGGGCAACCUAUGGGGGGGCAGCCAUCCGGGCAGACGAGGCCCUGCUGAUGCUUCGAUUUUUUCAGUCUGAGGUUGGGACCCGGCUGCCGCCACCGCAGCACUCGACCAGCCGUGACGUGUCGCUGUUCGCUCUCGGGCAUGCCUUCAGCAACUGGGCUGCCAACCCAGAGAGUCCAGACCCGACCAUUCGGAAGUAUUCCAUUGGCACCAUCCUGUACAACUACUACGGCGUGAAUGCCUUUGCGAACUGGUGUGACCUUGGAAGCUGGCUGGGCUUUUGCAAUGUGGACGCAGAAUGCUUCCGAACCUUGAUCUCGUCCUGCUUGGUUCACGGCAUCCCCCCGCAUGCCGACAUCAAGAAGCUGAAGGACGUCACGGAAAAGCAAGAUCACAGCCGCCUCGUGAACUUCCUGCUUCCCGUGCGGUCGCGCUUCUUGUACCUCUUCCGGAAGCACCAGGCGGACUUCCCAGGGAUUGAUGGAGAGGCGCUCUUCCUGGCCACGGUCGUACACCCGCUGGACCAUUACAACCUGAUCACGAUGCAAAAAGCUCUGGACCAGGGGACGCUCAAGGAGGGUUAUGCGGAGGACCUGUUCGUGGUGAGGAUCACGUCGGAGAAGCUCUUUCUGACCUACCUUGUGAACGAUUUCAGCUUCUCCGGUUCGUCGCAUCCACUCUUCAAGGAUACCUACGACUUUGCCAAGCAGCGUGACCAACGGUUUGCUGAUGAGAUGGAGUGCUGCGUCCUGCGUUAG